AUGGAUGCUAAUCAUUGUGAUAGCAGUUACAAUGAUGAUGAUGAGGAUGAUGACCGAGUAGCAUUCGCUAUGAAGAGAAAAGUCCAGAACCGUUAUUCAAAAAGAAAGAAGAUGAACGAAUAUCUGCGAAAAUGGAAAGGAUAUAGCAGCACAAAUGAUAAUGUGACGCUGGAAACUGAUUUGGACUACGAUGCAUUGGUAUUGGAUUAUACCUUUCGAAAAAAGAAAAAGACUUGGAAAAAACAUUCCAAGUUCCACCAUUCAACUCAUAUCGACAAACGUAUAUACACGACUCAAUAUGAUGAUAUUACUGAUAAUCUCAUGUAUGGAGGAGAUAAACUUGAUCAUCGUCAAAUUAAGGGAGCGAAACAAAAGGCUUUUGCGAAAAAGAUUAAAAAGCACUCUAACACUCCAGAAAAAGAUGAAGAUGACGAAUAUAGUUGGCCUGAAACGUUUUCAUCAGAGGAGAGUGAUAUAGAUGACAGCUGGGUUACGGAAUCAACCUCAUCAACUUUUAUGCCAACUGAUUUUCAUGAGCAUUUGGAUGAAGAGAAGGAGAUGUCGGACAAAAAGAAUCCCCCGACUUGA